AUGGAGGGUGACAAAAAGAAUGAGUGGGAAGUCUCUCCGGAGGAGGCUGGUGAAGCACGUCUGGGUCUAGAGUCCUUUCCUGACAUCUCGCUGAGUAACGAGAAGGUUCUGGUGGAGACGAGCUACCCCAGCCAGACCACGCGGCUGCCCCCCAUCACCUACACUGGCCGCUUCUCUCUGGAGCCCGCACCCAACAGUGGCAACACCUUGUGGCCUGAGCCCCUCUUCAGCCUGGUCAGCGGGCUCGUGAGCAUGACCAACGCACCCGCCACCUCCUCCUCGGCACCGUCUCCGGCGGCCUCCUCCUCCUCCUCCUCCUCCUCCUCCUCCUCCCAGAGCCCACCCCUGAGCUGCGCGGUGCAGUCCAGCGACAGCAGCCCCAUUUACUCAGCGGCGCCCACCUUCCCCACACCCAACGCCGACAUCUUCCCCGAGCCGCAGAGCCAGGCCUUCCCGGGCCCCGCGGGCACCGCGCUCCAGUACCCGCCUCCCGCCUACCCGGCCGCCAAGGGCAGCUUCCAGGUCCCCAUGAUCCCAGACUAUCUGUUUCCACAACAGCAGGGGGACCUGGGCCUGGGCACCCCAGACCAGAAGCCCUUCCAGGGCCUGGAGGGCCGCACCCAGCAGCCGUCGCUCACGCCCCUCUCCACCAUCAAGGCCUUUGCCACGCAGUCGGGCUCCCAGGACCUAAAGGCCCUCAACACCACCUACCAGUCCCAGCUCAUCAAACCUAGCCGCAUGCGCAAGUACCCCAACCGGCCCAGCAAGACGCCCCCCCACGAACGCCCCUACGCCUGCCCGGUGGAGUCCUGCGACCGCCGCUUCUCGCGCUCAGAUGAGCUCACCCGCCACAUUCGCAUCCACACCGGCCAGAAGCCCUUCCAGUGUCGCAUCUGCAUGCGCAACUUCAGCCGCAGCGACCACCUCACCACCCACAUCCGCACCCACACGGGCGAGAAGCCCUUCGCCUGCGACAUCUGCGGGAGAAAGUUUGCCAGGAGCGAUGAACGCAAGAGGCAUACCAAGAUCCACCUGCGGCAGAAAGACAAAAAGGCAGACAAAGGUGGUGUUGGUGUGGCCUCCUCAGCGGGGGCCCCGUCCCUCUCUUCCUACUCGUCACCCGUGGCUACCUCCUACACCUCCCCGGUCACUACCUCUUACCCAUCCCCAGCCACCACCUCGUACCCAUCACCUGUGCCCACCUCCUAUUCCUCUCCGGGCUCCUCGACCUACCCAUCCCCUGUGCACAGUGGCUUCCCCUCGCCCUCCGUGGCCACCACAUACUCCUCCGUUCCCCCUGCUUUCCAAGUUGGCAGCUUCCAUUCCUCAGCUGUCACCAACUCCUUCAGCUCCUCCACGGGGCUUUCGGACAUGACAACCACCUUUUCUCCCAGGACAAUUGAAAUUUGCUAGAGGAAAACAGGGGAAAGGGAGAAAAAAGAAACACAAGAGACUUAAAGGACAGGAGGAGAUGGCCCUAGGAGGGCUUCCUCUCAGGAGGCCAGAUGGAGGUUCUCAGAGCCAGUCCUCCCCCUCUGCUUGGCCCCAGGGUCAGCGUGGAAAUUCUGUUGGCCAACAAUCCUUUCUGCCCUCUUCCCCUUCCUCCUCUGCUCCCUUUGACUUCAGCUGCCUGAAACAGCCAUGUCCAAGUUCUUCACCUCUACCCAAAGAACUUGAUCUGCAUGGAUUUUGGAUAUAUAUCAUUUCAGUAUCAUCUCCGCCGUAUGCCUGACCCCUCGCUCCCUUCAACGCUAGAAAAUCAAAUUGGCAGAAAUGGGGUUUGGGCCCCUCAGAGCCCAGCCCCGUACCCUUGUACAGUGUCUGUGCCAUGGAUUUCGUUUCUCUUGGGGUCCUCUUGAUGUGAAAGAUAAUUUGCAUAUUCUAUUGUAUUAUUUGGAGUUAGGGCCUCACUUUGGG